AAAAGAGCGAGGUGCUGAACACCUGCAGCACCCAACAUCAGACUUGCAGCUCGGGUAACCUCACUGAUUUGAAGUCAAGGCUCAGAGGAUCUUCAUCAUGACUCCAGUUUUCAUUUGCCUCCUCUUGCUCUCGCUGAGUGCACUUCCUGGGCACGCCGUUGAUGAUGAAGUCAUGAAAGAGGUUUCUUCGGACGUCUCUCUCACCAUCUCCAGAGUUAAUUCUCACGCAACGACAAGGCUGAUACACGGCGACCUUCUGCCAAAUACAAACAAGAAUGCCGACCCCUGCACAGCAACCGGCUGCAAGUGGCCCAAAACUGGAAACUUUGUCCACGUGCCCGUCACCAUCUCGUCACAAUACACCAGAGAAGAGCAGAACAUCAUCAUCAGAGCCCUGCUGACCUUCCACCAAAGCACCUGCAUCCGUUUUAUGUGGAGACGUCGGGAAAGGAAUUACAUCUACUUCUACUCUGGAUCUGGGUGUUUCUCUUACCUGGGCCGUCAGAAUCGAGGCCAGCCGAUCUCUCUGAGUCAAAGAGGUUGUUUGUACUUGGACACGGUGCAGCACGAGGUGCUCCACGCUCUGGGCUUCCACCACGAACAGGUCCGCUCCGACAGAGACGAACACGUCUCCAUCCUCACCCAGAACAUUCAGCCAGGAACCGAAUCAAACUUUGAAAAGGUGCAGACUAACAACUUGGAAACUCCGUACGACUUUGACUCUGUCAUGCAUUACAGCAAUUACGCUUUCUCCAGGAAUGGUCAACCAACCAUCAUUGCAAAGGACGAUCCUAACCGUUUGUUUGGACAAGCCACACGAAUGAGCCAAAACGACAUUGAUCGUGUCAACAAGCUUUACAACUGCUAAACUGUAAAUGACUGAAGGAAAAGGAUGGACCUCUCGGCUCGCUGAGAUAACACCAACGACUACAUCUUAGUGUCAUUUUGAUUUCCAUUAGCUAUACAGGGCAGUGAAAUGACCUUUAACCCCUGCUUUGAUGCAUCUCAUUGACUUCCUCAUUGAUAUACUUUAUUGUAUACUGACUCAAAUGAAGGGUCACCUGUUCUCUUUAAGCUGAGGUCAGACGUUAAACCAGAAAUCUGUAUUUUAACUCUUUGGGAUUUGAUUGAAAUCUUUCCACUUUUGGUUUUAUUGGUUUUAAAAUUCAAACUUUAUGAUUUGGGUGUGAUUGGACGGAGUUGGCUCAUGGGAAGAGGGGACGAUGAAUCUAUAAAACAUCACAUUUA